ACUCCUUCCGGUGCAGGCGGCCAAGAUGGGGACGCCCCAAAAGGAUGUUGUGAUAAAACCCGAUGCCCCAAGCACGUUGCUCUCGGAGAAGCACGCGGACUAUAUAGCUUCGUAUGGAACAAAGAAAGAUGAUUAUGAAUACUGUAUGUCGGAGUAUUUGAGGAUGAGUGGUGUUUACUGGGGGCUGACAGCAAUGGAUCUCAUGGGGCAGCUGCACCGAAUGAAUAAAGAAGAAAUUCUGGAAUUCAUUGAAUCAUGUCAACAUGAAUGUGGUGGAAUAAGUGCCAGCAUAGGUCAUGAUCCUCAUCUCCUCUAUACCCUCAGUGCUGUCCAGAUUCUUAUCUUAUAUGAUAGUCUGCAUGUUGUUGAUGUAAAUAAAAUUGUUGAAUAUAUACAGAGCUUGCAAAAAGAAGAUGGAUCAUUUGCUGGAGACAAAUGGGGAGAAAUAGAUACAAGGUUCUCGUUCUGUGCUGCAGCAACUCUUGCACUUCUGGGAAGGCUGGAUGCUAUUGAUGUGGGAAAAGCAGUAGAAUUCGUUUUGUCCUGUAUGAACUUUGAUGGAGGAUUUGGUUGUAGACCAGGUUCUGAAUCGCAUGCAGGACAGAUCUAUUGUUGCACAGGAUUCCUGGCUAUAACAGACCAGUUGCAUCAAGUAAAUGUUGACUUGCUGGGUUGGUGGCUUUGUGAACGUCAGUUACCUUCCGGAGGUCUCAAUGGACGACCAGAGAAGUUACCUGAUGUAUGUUAUUCGUGGUGGGUGCUAGCAUCUUUGAAGAUGAUUGGUAGAUUGCAUUGGAUUGACAGAGAGAAGCUGCGCUGCUUUAUUUUGGCUUGCCAGGAUGAGGAGACAGGAGGAUUUGCUGACAGACCAGGAGAUAUGGUGGAUCCAUUUCACACCCUAUUUGGAAUUGCUGGACUAUCUUUAUUAGGAGAAGAACAAAUCAAGGCAGUCAAUCCUGUCUUUUGUAUGCCAGAAGAUGUCCUUCAAAGAAUAAAUGUACAGCCUGAGCUUCUGAAAUAAGCCUCAUAGAGACAGAAGGUUGAUAUGUCCACUUGCUUUGGUUCUACUGAUUCAAGUAAUCUCAUCUCUGAAACUGUUAGCAUAUUCUUCUGAGAUGUUUACAUUGCAAAAGUAAAGCAAUAGCUUUACUGUUGGCUUUGUCACUUCAUAAACUGUAUCAGAACAGGCUGCUUCUAAUAAUCUGAGUGUAACAUGUUCUUUGGUUAUAUAUACGAGAUGUAGAAACACUUCCAAUGUGUAUCUAAAUACAUGGUGGGCUUUUUAUUUUUAUUUUUUUUUAAUAUUCAAGUCAAAGCAAUAGUGUGAAUAUUUAAUUUUUGUAUUCCUGUGAUAUCAAUCAUGCUCACAUAUGUCCUUCAACAAGCAUGUUUUGAUGGCGGAUCACAGAAAGCACUUUAAAAGAGUAUGAAAAAACCCCCAACCAAACCAACCUGCAAACAAAACCUUACUUAAACCAUGCACUUACUGCUGUGCACUUGUAAUUGUUCCUAUUCACAUUUGCCAUCACUUUUAUCUACUGAGAAGCAAGUUUUUUCUUCUGAUAGUAAUUGAUUCCAGUGAAAGCAAAAAUUGUUGUUCCGUUAAACAUAUAAAUGUCUUCACUUACUGAUGAGUCCCUUAGGCAGAAUUUCUCUGAUAUUUGAAAUAGAGCAUACCUUGAGUAUCUGUAGUGAAAUUCGCUAACAUUAAGCAUUCUAGAGAAGGUCUAUAGGACAGUUACUUCUAACUGAAUAUAGAGUUGAUGCUAAAUUUGUUGCUGAGCUGAAAUCGUGUUUUCGUAGCUUUUAAGACAGUAAUUGCCAGCACUUGAUUAUGGUGUAAUGAGAAUAAAACUAGGCAUGGAAAAUACUUGUUCUCUGAAGGAUUAAGUCCUCUUUGUCUUCAUAGAAGCCCUAAAAUUGUCUUUUAAUUUACAUUCCUCACACCCUGGCUAAGAGUGAAAUACAUAAUAAAAGGUAAUUGCAAAGGGGAGAAAGUCUUUACUACUGCAUGUAUUUAAGAAGGUCUACAUUUGUUUCAGACACUUCUAAAAGCCAUCUGGUUAGUUUUAUCCAGCUUGUUCAUGUUAGUAGAGUGUAAGGUAUAACUGUACUUUUUGGUAGACCUUUACAUACAGAGAAUUUCAAAGAGAGAAUGUGCAUUUGAAUGCCUAAGUAUUUCUAAUAAAUGUUUUAAGCUUUCUCUACAGGUUUUUUUAGACAAGGUAAGAACCCUGCUCUUCUUAAACUGUUCAGUUGCCUGAUGAAUUAGUUUCCUUCUCAAGGUUUGGCAAAAAGUUACAGUAGGCUUUGUGUUGAGCAUGAGGGAGCAAGAACACUGAUCAGGUUUUAUCCAACUGAAAGGUGUAACAGAAAAUGGUUUUUGUUUUUUUUCUUAUUCCAAGUUACUUUUGCAAGUGCCACUUCUUUUCAUCUAAGGAAACAUUGUUCAGUACAUAGGAAUUUGCCAUAUUUCUGUGUUGUGUAGACAGAAUAGAAUCAUCUUCAGAAUUUCUUGUCUUGUAUAGACUGAGACACCCUGAGAAUUAGUAUGUGGGUGAUACUGCAUGACAGUGUAGAACAUUUAACUGUAGGUUCAAAUCCUGUUAAGGUGUUGGAAUUUUUUUCUGAAGAAGGUCUGGUCAACUUCAUUUCCUAAGUCAGCUGUUACUUGUAAAGAUCUUAAGAUUUUAGGUUAAAAAAGAGGUGAGUAUGUGCACAAAGUGACUUCUUGAGAAUAUUCUUCCAUUCUUAACAUCAGUUCUUUAAAAUACUGUAUUUGCAGAAGUCAUCAAAAUUUUUCUUAUGUGAAGAAAGUCUUGUUUUCUGUUAAAUGUCCGGUGAAAAAAUCAGUUUCCCAACGUGUCUGUGUUAUGUCUUAUGUCAUUUUGGUACAAAAUCCAUUGUUACCGUCUACCUCUAUUUUGUUAAAAGUACUAAUAAGAGUUUUCUUUUCUGAGCUUAUGUAGUUAAUUUUGCAGUAAUUAAUCAGCUGUUCUCGGUCUUUGGUUACUGGUCCUUUAUUAAAGGCUUUCAGAAAUACA